CAUACAGGAAGUUUAAUGGGGCUAGCGGCCUCUGCUCCAGAGCUGUAGUGGUGACGAUGGGUAAAAGAGACCGAGCGGACCGCGAUAAGAAGAAGUCCAAGAAACGGCAUUACGAGGAUGAGGAAGAAGAUGAGGACGACGCUCCUGGGAACGAGUCGCAGGAAGCCGUUCCUUCGGCUGCCGGGAAGCAGGUGGAUGAGUCAGGCACCAAAGUGGAUGAAUAUGGAGCUAAGGACUACCGGCUGCAGAUGCCCCUAAAGGACGACCACGCCUCCAGACCCCUCUGGGUGGCUCCUGAUGGCCACAUUUUCUUAGAAGCCUUCUCUCCAGUUUAUAAAUAUGCUCAAGACUUUCUGGUGGCUAUUGCUGAGCCUGUAUGCCGACCAACCCAUGUGCAUGAGUACAAACUAACUGCCUACUCUCUGUAUGCAGCUGUGAGCGUUGGGUUACAAACUAGUGACAUCACUGAGUAUCUCAGGAAGCUCAGCAAAACAGGAGUUCCUGAUGGAAUUAUUCAGUUUAUUAAGUUGUGUACUGUCAGCUAUGGAAAAGUCAAGCUGGUCCUGAAACAUAACAGGUAUUUCGUUGAAAGCUCCCAUCCUGAUGUAAUCCAGCAUCUUCUCCAGGAUUCUGUGAUCCGGGAGUGCCGCUUGAGGAACUCUGAAGGGGAGGCUACUGAACUUAUCACAGAGACUUUCACGAGCAAAUCUGCUAUUGCCAGGACUGCUGAAGGCAGUGGUGGUCCCUCCACUUCCCAGGUACCAGAUGCUCAGGGUAAAUCUGACAUCCCUACCGACCUGUUUGACUUUUAUGAGCAAAUGGACAAGGAUGAGGAAGAAGAGGAAGAGACACAGACAGUGUCUUUUGAAGUCAAGCAGGAAAUGAUUGAGGAACUCCAGAAACGUUGCAUCCAUUUGGAGUACCCUCUGUUGGCAGAAUAUGACUUCCGGAAUGAUUCUGUUAACCCUGAUAUCAACAUUGACCUGAAACCCACAGCUGUGCUUAGACCUUACCAGGAGAAGAGCUUGCGAAAGAUGUUUGGGAAUGGGCGUGCACGCUCUGGAGUCAUUGUUCUUCCUUGUGGUGCUGGGAAGUCCCUGGUUGGCGUGACGGCGGCAUGCACAGUCCGAAAACGCUGUCUGGUGCUGGGCAACUCAGCGGUGUCUGUGGAGCAGUGGAAAGCCCAGUUCAAGAUGUGGUCCACCAUCGAUGAUAGCCAGAUCUGCCGCUUCACCUCUGAUGCCAAGGACAAGCCCAUUGGCUGCUCCAUUGCCAUCAGUACCUACUCCAUGCUGGGCCACACCACCAGAAGGUCUUGGGAGGCUGAGCGAGUCAUGGAGUGGCUCAAAACUCAGGAAUGGGGCCUCAUGAUUCUAGAUGAAGUCCACACCAUCCCAGCCAAGAUGUUCCGGCGUGUGCUCACCAUUGUGCAGGCCCACUGCAAAUUGGGUUUGACUGCAACCCUUGUCCGGGAAGAUGACAAAAUUGUGGAUUUAAAUUUUCUGAUUGGGCCCAAGCUCUAUGAGGCCAACUGGAUGGAACUACAAAACAACGGCUACAUCGCCAAAGUCCAGUGUGCUGAGGUUUGGUGUCCUAUGUCUCCUGAGUUCUACCGGGAGUAUGUAGCAAUCAAAACUAAGAAAAGAAUCUUGCUGUACACCAUGAACCCCAACAAAUUUAGAGCUUGCCAGUUCCUGAUCAAGUUUCAUGAGAGAAGAAAUGACAAGAUUAUUGUCUUUGCUGAUAAUGUGUUUGCCCUGAAGGAAUAUGCCAUUCGGCUGAACAAACCCUACAUCUAUGGUCCUACCUCUCAGGGAGAAAGGAUGCAAAUACUCCAGAAUUUCAAGCACAACCCCAAAAUCAACACCAUCUUCAUAUCCAAGGUGGGUGACACUUCUUUUGAUCUGCCAGAAGCAAAUGUUCUCAUUCAGAUCUCAUCUCACGGUGGCUCCCGGCGGCAGGAAGCCCAGAGGCUUGGGCGAGUGCUCCGAGCAAAGAAAGGGAUGGUCGCAGAGGAAUACAAUGCCUUCUUCUACUCAUUGGUGUCCCAGGAUACCCAGGAGAUGGCUUACUCAACUAAGCGUCAGAGAUUCUUGGUAGAUCAGGGGUAUAGCUUUAAGGUGAUCACAAAGCUUGCUGGCAUGGAGGAGGAGGAAUUGGCAUUUUCAACAAAAGAAGAACAGCAGCAGCUCUUACAAAAAGUCUUGGCAGCUACAGACCUGGAUGCUGAGGAAGAGGUGGUAGCAGGAGAAUUUAGCUCCAGAUCUAGCCAGGUGUCUCGGCGUUUUGGCACCAUGAGCUCCAUGUCUGGGGCUGAUGACACUGUAUACGUGGAAUACCACUCAUCACGGAACAAGGCUUCCACUAAACAUGUGCACCCGCUUUUCAAGCGCUUCAGGAAAUGACAUCCAUGGGGUCAGGCAAAUGAGGGCAUGGUGCUGGGCACCAACUUGGGAAAGGGAUUUUCACUUUUCACAUCCAAGUUCUUCCUUUGAGCACCAAGCCAGAUUGCUGUAGAUUUAGCAACUGAUGUCUCUAUUGAGGAAAGUGCAUCCAGAAUUUGAUUCUUCUUCAUGGGUCAUGUAAAAGUUGAGAGACUAUAUUUUUUGGUUUUUUCAAACUUGCUGAAGAGGAGGUUAUUACUGGUAUUUGUAUUUAUCUUAAUGUUCUCAUGAAUAAAUAGAAAUAGAACACUAAACUAUUCUGCAUUUUAGGUCUUGUCAUUGGCAUGGGCUUAGAUGAAAUUUCAUUAAGUCCCAACUUUGUAGUAGGCACAAAACUAUAAGAUGGGGCCACACAUUUAGGUUAGAGAAGACUUGCCCAAUGGUAAUCUAGUGUUGUAAUGGCUGGAAGCUUAGGGAGUGUGGCCCAGCUCUGGGGAAGAGCCUGUGCAGUUUGUAGAGCUUGUUCACUGUUUAGUGCAGGUGAACUCCAUUUUAGCACUGAACUCCAUUGUAGCACUUACAGCAUGGAAUCGUUUGGGACAGCUAUAGGCUGUCAUCUCUGUCGGACCAAGGUAGACACAGCUGCUGAUAGUUCAUCUGCUCUGAGAGAAUAUGGUCCCUUAUAUAUCUUUGAAAAUACAUUUUAGAUAUUGCUGGUAGACCAGAUACCCUUUCUAAGAGCAGCAUAGAAGUUUUGGGUUGUUUUGUAACUAGUUUUUUAUUCUGAAAAUGCCCUUGGGCUUCUUUAUCUUUGUUGCUGGUAUGAAAGGAAAAGUAUUAAGUACGAGACAGACAAGGUAGUAUUUCUCCAUGUAAGAAAGGCACACACAGGAAGAGGGCAUGAAUAAGAGCUUGCUCUCUGGGGAGAAGGCCUUAUUCCAAAAAGCCUCAGUGUUCACACUUGGAGAGCGUUAAAAGCCUGUGUUCACCCAGGUUUCUAAAUUUGGACUCCCCACCCCUACAACCUCAACAGCUCAGCAUUAGCAUUCCACAUUAUAGUAUCAUUGCACCUAUUGUGUGACUAACCCCUGUGACAGCCACAAAUCAGUCCUGGGGAGAAGACUGUCCCUUUUGUUAGGGGUGCUUGGAAGCAAGACCUACCUUCCCUAACCCUUGGAGGACAUACCUUCUGACCAGUGAUUGCUACAGAUAGAGCCCACAUCUGAGGCCUGUGCUUAGACAUGCAUGCCCUAAAAUCUGCAGACCUUCUUUUUCUCAUU